AGAGAGAAGGAAGAGAAAAGAAGAAGAAGAAGAAGAAGAGAAGAGAAGGGAAGGAGAGGAAAGAAAAAAGGAGUCAUCGUAGUAACACCGGCGCGUCUCCUCUCGCGGCUUCGUGGUUGUCUCGGAAUUAGUGAGUAGACAGAAUUAUGUCUGUGAGCUGGCCAGCACCACGGCUCAGUUGAGACUUACUGCUCAGAGCGUGCACACGCAUACCACGAAUCUUUCCUACUUACGCACCUCGCGCCUUCCUCGUGCGAUUAGAACUUAGUCCGCGAUCGCCGGCACGCCAAUCACGGUCCAGUACGCUAACGCGCCUCCGUACGAAACGGUUUCUUCUUCCUCAUAUGCUGAACGUGCUACCGUGGAGUUCUCCCGUUCGGAGAGGAGCACCGCAGCUAAAUGAGACGAGGUAACACACGGGAUCGAGAUAGCACGGGGACGAGGUAGCACGGGGUACUGACGUCUCGCGUUGGUCCCGAGGGAAGUUCGGGGAACCAAAAAAAGAACACGUGCUUCCCAAAACCACGGUGGUUCUCGUUCGUCUGUCUGCGUGAUUCCGAUGAGGUGAGCGAAAUUCAAACCGGAAGAAAUACGUCGGCACCGUUUGUCGACGUGCUCCGAGGAUCCGCCGCCGACAGAGCUGCCGGAAAAUUAUCGGGAGGAGUAACGGGUGUCAGUUUUCUCGGGAAAUUCGGAGAUUUAGGCUGCGCCCGUCGCCUAACACCUCUCGCGAGAUUUUUGGGGGACUCGACGCUCUCCGCGAGCGUGAAUCACCCACUCAGGUUUAAAAUUAUUUCUGAAGACGCAGUAUCCAGCGUCCGAAGCUGUUUCGUCUGCGCUGCGACGGUCCAAGUUUUGGAGCAUUUUGGAGCGUGUAGCGCUGUUGUUCAAGUGCAGUACGGCCGAGUAAAGAUCCCGAAAGAAUUAUACGUUAUCCGCGACAAUGGCCUUCGCGAAAUCCUUCGUGCUUCUUUUACUAGUGUCCAUCGCAGCUAAUGCGUGGACUCAUCAUCACCAUCAUCAUAAUCGUCAUGGCUUUCAUCCGGAACACAGAAAAGGAAACGAGCAUCUAGAUUCCGUAGAGCGAAAAUCCAGUUUUGAGAGUGAGAAAACUGCCGAUCCUGCGCGAUCAGAAUCACCGGAGGACAAGAAACCUUCAGAGGUCUUGAAUAGCAAAGAAUCAAUUCCCUUUAGCUCGCGCAGACUAGAAAAGAUGUUAGAAAAGGCGAUCCUGAAGAUAAUCAUGGGUGAUCUCGGCACGGCCGAGAUGCUGCUGCUGAAAAGUUUGAACUACACUCCCGAGGAAGUACUGGCGAUUCGUGAGCGAGAACUCGAUAAGCGAAAGGACGAGGAGCUGAGAAUGGCCGAGUUGAAGUCCGGCGAGAGAAAAUUCUACGGCGGUGAUCUGUACGGUAGCAAGGCGAAGCACUGGAACUACAACUCCAUGGAAUUCGAUUCGUCUUCUCGCAACGAACCGGACAUCGACAUGUCGAGGAACGAGAGGAAGAGAAAUCGAUACAAGGAGAGAAACUCUUACGACAAGGACUUUGACUUUGACGCUUACAAUCGCCAGGCGGUAAUUGAUUACGAGAAUCUGGCUUCUAAGCUUGAGCUGCAGCAGUCACGGUCCGAACCGGCGAAUACCGAUUACGAGGACGAGUCGAGGAACUCGGAGGAGCGCGACUCAUCGCAGAACUUCCAUCGGAGUUUCGAUCGAGCCAUGGAGCCUCAUGUGAUUUUCAAGAUAUCCUACGACGAUUCCGAGUUCGAUUCCAACUCCGGCUCCGAGGAGAGAUCCAAGUUCACCAGCAGGGACUCCCUUGUCUCGUCGAAGGGUCUGAAACAUCACAUUCCCUCGACCUUGAGGCACACGACUGCCAAGAACGUUGCUAACUCCUUUCACGCUCCGUCAUUGUCUACUGUUUCUUCUUCUUCUUCUGCAUCUGCUGAGCAAACUUCACUUCCCGUAGUGUACCAGCUGGGGAAUUUUAAAGGCGUCAGGUCGGAUUAUUCCAGGAAUCAACCUUCCCUUAGCACGACGGAGUCUCCGGAACCCGUUGCCACGAGUACCAUUAUCACAAAUGUUACCUUUAACGCGACUCUCAACAUGAUAACGGAUUCCGGUAAUUCGACGAACGACGACAAUUUGCCCGUCAAAGACGUAGACGUUGCCACCAAUCGGAACAUCAGCGAAUACGAGGGACUGGAAUGGGUCGAGGAUGAUGUGUACAGGGUGAUACCGUCGUUCGUGGACUCGCUGGCUUACGACAACCCCGAUGACAACGAGACGUCGGACUACGGGGAGCAGAGCUUGAAUUUCCUGCCAGAGGGAGGUGAGAACGACACUCUGGAGUACCAGAACGACGCACCGGAUCCGGUGAAGCUGUUCAUGGCGAAUGUUAACGCGUCCAUCGACAACACCUCGUCGACCAAUCUGUCCACCUAUCAGCAACUGGCACUCGCUCAUCGCAGAGAAGAAAACGUAACCACAAGCUUCGACAGUCAGGGUCAGAAGGCGAUCGAGGACAUUAAGACACGAGUCCUCGCGCUAACCGGUAGAUUCAACCUUAGCACCAACACCAACCAGGUUCAACGCGAGAGACUGACCAUGUUUUCGCCUACGUGUCAGAUACCCCGAAACACGGACUCCGAGACAUGGAUGGAUCCGUUUUCCAUGAAUAUGCAUUUCCAGCUGAACCUGACUUCCGGCGAUCACGUUAUCGCGGCAAAAUUGCGCAUCUAUAAAUUGCCGCAGGAGAACCUCACGGCAUCCGCGAGCGGUGGCUUCGAUGAGGACGAAGACGAUGAAAAGAAGAUCAGAAUAUCCAUCUACUACUACACCAAGUCUCUGAAGAAGCACCGAUCAAAGAAACGACUGAUGGACUCUAUCGUGACACCUCUGACGAUCGAGGGCACUCAUCUAGCGCUGGAUGUCAGACAAGGCCUGAGAUUCUGGCGACUGGCCUCGCGAAAUCCACAUGGCAACGGUAGCAAUCACGGUUUGGUGAUUCAGAUAGAGGACCAGGACGGCCGGCCUCUGAAACCGGCUUUGUAUAUCCAGCAGCCAUCCUGCGGGGACCACAAUUCGGAUCAGAAGGCAUCCCAGCGCACACCUGCACUGUUCGUACGAGCCUGUCCUCGUUACGUUCGCGUCGUAAACGGCGAAAAAAUCAUGUAUGUGAAUUGCAGGCACUAAAAUACAGAUGGCAAAAUGAUCAUACUACGUAACGAAAAGGAAUUCGUUUCGAAACAAAAGAAAAGCCGACUUAAGCUACGUUGUGAUCAUCUGAUAUCAUUAUUAACAGAUGAAAACACGUGCAAUUUUAUUGUAUAAAUUCGAAAUCGUAUAGAGAAAUGACUACUCAGAGAUACUAUUUAGAAAUAAAUUUUUAUUGUAUUUUUAACUUUAAAAAUCGCAUUAUUAUUAUUAUCAAUGGCGAAAAAUAUGAGUAAACGAUAAAUGAACAAAGGAAAGAAAUUGGAACUAUUAAGCGAAAAAUUCGUUUCGAACCCUAAUUUAAAGAAGGUCACAAUUUUUCGUUAAUGCUGCUAUUUUCUUAUUAUCGAUCUUUUUGGAAAAACUAUAGGUUUGACCUUAAAUGAAUAGUAGCAGUUUAGCUAUAAAAGUAAAAAUAUAUAUGAUUCUGUGUAUAGGAGUUCUCUAUAUAGACUGUUUUUACUAUUAACUUAAGGAACAAUUAUUUAAAUAUAAUAGAUUAAGUCUCAUACAAUAAUUCUUAUACGUUGAAGUGAACUAUCUCUAGUUUAAGUACUGUAUUGUAAUGUACAUAUAAUGGUUAAGUGUAAAAUAGCAUAUCGAUGACUUAUGCAUUCGCCAACAUGUCAACAUGUCCAUGACUGAUAUAGCCAAAUGUAAAAGUUUAGAGAGACAUAUAUCUAUUUAUAUUAAAUAUAGCUAGAUUAAUUAAGACAGAGAAGGACCUGGAUCUCUUCUUCCGAGUUUAUUUGCUUAAGUGAAUUCGUGUGAAGAGAGUUAUUGCUGCAAAAAUAACAUCAGAUAAUUUCUAAGAUCUUUGGAUGCAUCAAAAUCGCAUCGCAUUCACUCGACUUUUUAUGAUACUUACGAUACGUACGGUUAAAGUGACAAAAGAGGCAUAAUGUUUGGUGCCUCCUGCGUUGUAUAUAAUGUAUAUUUUCAGUAUAAUGUUGCAAACAAAUAAAUUCAUUUACGGUAGCACAUUUAA